UGAAGAGCAUCGUUUGGAUCUGUAACUACAAGCACGGUUCUAGACGGUCGUCUUGUCAUCGUGAUCCUGACCAUGUCCGGCGGGAAGUCAUUUUAAUAGCACGAUCGAUCAACGACGACAAGGAUCUUGUUCAGCAUGACUUCCCUGACCAAACCAGUAGUUUUCUGGAGAUGCCAGAACUUGGCCAGUUCGUCGCUGCCCUGCCAUGUACGCCGCCGUCGUUGCAAUCAGGUUUGCCUGCCCCACCAAGACAAGUGCUCAGGUCAAGCUACUCCCCUAUCUGCCAGGAUCAGAUCAAAGCAAGUCAAAACGGCCCGACCCCGACGACGAGCUACUCCUAUACUCCCACCCCACCAACGUCCAAAUUCACGAGCCGGCGUGCUGUCCGCGCGGCAAACCUGGAGUAAUUGAGCCUGCCGCGCGCGACCGCUGCCCCCGACACGGUCACGCCUCAACGGCGCCCAAUUGAUCGCGCGCCGCGGGGGGGUCCGUAUAUGUAGCGGCCUUGCGGUCGCGGCGGCAGCCGGUUGUUGGCAGGCACGGGCUAGAGUUCGCGCGGUGGUGAUGAUGGCGACCCACCACGACGCGCUGUGGGUGAAGCUGCACGAGCUGGAGCUGCAGCUCGCGGCGUACAAGCUCCUGCGCGCCGCGCGCGGGGACGACCACGCGGGUGCCGUGGGCUUCGCUUCCGCGGACGGGGCCGACACGCCGGGGGGCAGCGCCUGCCGCGGCAGGCAGUACGACGCCUACAUGCGCCAGCGCGACGCCAGGCGCGUGGCCGCGCUCGCGCAGCAGCAGCAGCAGCCGCCGCACCCGGCGAACAAUAAGGCUCAGCGACCUCGGGGCGUGCGCGCCACGCCGAUGAGCCCGCGUGCGCUCAGGUGCGCGACCCGGAACGUGCAAGAGGCGGGCGCCACGCCGCGGCUGGCCGUCACCCCGGUGAAGAGGACGCCGGCCGCGUCCAUCCCAAGCACCCCGAGAAGGGACGGCGCCGCGCUGCCGAGGAGCAGGACGGCGAGCGGCGGCGGCGGCACGGCGGGGAGCCCCGCGCGGUCGUCGCACCACCAGAGGCGGAGCAGCCUCGGCGUGCUCGCGGAGUUCGGUGAGUGCGCCACGCCGAGGCCGUUCCUGAAACGCGGCACGGGCACGGGCGGCGCGGCGGCGCCCGUCAGGCUGCGGACGACGCGGGUUUACGACCUGCCGUCGAUCGACGUGGCCGUCACCCCGAGGCCGCUGCCUCACGUGCAUGCGCACACCCAUGCCCAUGCGCCGCGCCACGUCCGGUCCCUGUCUGAGCUGCCGUUCGACACCGCGGCGCUGGCCUCGCCGCAGUCGCGGGCGAGGAGGCGGUGGGGCAGCCCGGAGAGGCCAGCGGCGAUGUUCUCGGCUGCUGCUGCAGCGGCGGCCGACUCGCACAGGGACCUGUCCAAGGGCCUCAAGAAGUUGCUGAGCUACGUGAGGAAAGGCGGCCGGAGCGGAGGAGGCGGCGGCGGCGACCAGCCUUUCCCGGCACCCAGCCCGCGCGGGAGUGGGAAGCCCGUGAGCAAGGGGUGGUCUGGUUGCUCCCGCGUCGACGUCCCGUUCGACCGCGCAAGCCUGGACGUGCACCGGUUCCCCAUGACGCGGGCAGUUGGCAUCUCCGGAUGAGGCCCUGCGCGGCACGGCGCCGAACAGUGACACGCCAUGGGAACUGCCUUCAUUGCUCUGCGUUCAGGUCAUGUGGUUCGACGAGCCAGAGCAUCACCGCUCACUGCACUUCCCUGUGCCUCCCUGCUUGCUGGUGCGAAACAGAGUUCAGAGACUGGCCCCAAACUAGCGAGCUGUGAAGUCGGUGUAGAGUACUAGAGUCUCCCGUAGUGUCCGAGAGAAUUCGCCUUUACAAACUAACGGGCCGAGUUGAGAAGUUUUCGCCGUUACCGCUGGCGCUUAGAGAAGAAUUCUGUAGCUUUUGAUUUCCAUGCACUACAAGGAUUGUGUUACCAUCUGUACGUACGGUGUUGCUGGAGAUCUCCGCCGCCGCUGGAGCAUUCAAAUUGCGGCGGUGCCCUUUAUUUAAAUUCAGAUUCCAGAAGGCAUUUGCGUACGCCCACACGGGCUAGGACCGCGGAAGAACAUCAGAUUAAGGCCUGGAUGUAGGGAACACUGGAGGAAAAAAAUACAGCAAUCUUCAAUCUAUAGGACUGUAACAUUUUGGUUGUUUAGAACACAGGAACUACCAUGUCAUUUUCCUCUGGAACCCUGCAGCAUCCAAGUGAUUUUAGGCAUCAUUUGGAUUUAAGGAA